AGGCAUUGUACGGACGUCCUGUGCUGCAUCAUCUUUGUAGUGGUAAUUCUGGGAUAUAUUGCACUGGGCAUUGUCGCAUGGAUUCAUGGGGACCCCAGGAAAGUUAUAUAUCCCACCGACAGCUACGGGCAGUUCUGUGGACAGAAGGAUACGCCGAAUGAGAACAAGACACUCUUAAUGUAUUUUAAUAUCCUGCAAUGUGCAAGUCCGCUGGUGCUUAUCAAUUUGCAGUGCCCUACCAUUCAGUUGUGCGUUUCCAAGUGUCCGGAUAGAUUUGCUACCUACCUAGACAUGCAAGCCAACUGGUACAAUAGCAGCUACUGGGAAUACUACCGGCAGUUCUGUAAGCCUGGCUUCAACAACCCCAGAAAGUCUAUUGCAGAAGUUUUACGAGAUGAAGACUGCCCAUCUAUGAUCGUUCCAAGUAGGCCGUUCCUGCAGAGGUGCUUCCCUGACUUCUCCACCAGGAACGGCAUCCUAACUGUUGCAAACAAGACAGAAUUUAAGGACGGAGAGGGGAAAAUGAGAAACGUUACAGUUCUAAGAGAAGCAGCCAAUGGUAUCAAUAGCGUGCUUGAUGCACGAUCCGUCGGGAUGAAGAUUUUCGAGGACUACGCUAGCUCCUGGUACUGGAUUUUAAUAGCUCUCUUCAUUGCAAUGGUCAUCAGCCUGUUGUUCCUGAUUCUUCUGAGGUUUACUGCUGGGGUGUUUUUUUGGAUUUUUAUAGUUGGUGUUCUUGGAGUUGUUGGGUAUGGAAUUUGGCAUUGUUACUGGGAAUAUGACAGCUUGAGAGGCGUCCCGGGAUCUGACCUCACUAUCUCUGACAUUGGGCUGCAGACGGACUUCCGAGUCUACUUACAGCUCAGGGAAACAUGGCUGGCAUUCAUGAUUAUCCUCUGCAUUGUGGAAGUGAUCAUCAUACUCAUGCUGAUCUUUUUAAGGAACCGAAUCCGAAUUGCCAUCGCUCUCUUGCAAGAAGGUAGCAGAGCAAUAGGAUACAUCAUGUCUACGCUGUUUUACCCAAUCAUCACCUUCAUCCUAAUCGCCAUCUGUAUCUCAUACUGGGCUGUCACCGCCGUAUUCUUGGCUACGUCUGGGGAAGCUGUAUACAAAAUUAUGGCCAACAAGACCCCAUGCCAGUAUGCAAACGCAAUGUGUGUACCUGAAACUUUCAAUACCUCCAACGUGACCAAGCUGUGUCCGGCGGCUCAGUGUACUUUUGCAUUUUAUGGAGGGGAAGGUUUUUACUAUAAAUACAUCCUGAUCUUUCAGCUUUGCAAUGUCUUUGUGUUCUUGUGGUUGGUGAAUUUCUCCAUCGCCCUUGGGCAGUGUACGCUGGCCGGUGCCUUCGCCUCCUACUACUGGGCAUUUAAGAAACCCGCCGACAUCCCCACAUGUCCUCUCUUCUCAUCAUUUGGACGAGCAAUAAGGUAUCACACUGGCUCACUAGCACUUGGCUCUCUCAUCCUGGCACUUGUACAGUUUAUUCGAAUUAUAUUAGAAUACUUAGACCACAAACUCAAAGCUUCCCAGAAUUCCUUUGCAAAAUUUCUGUUGUGCUGCUUGAAAUGCUGCUUCUGGUGCCUGGAAAAGUUCAUAAAGUUUAUAAACAGGAAUGCCUAUAUUAUGAUUGCUAUUUAUGGAAAAAACUUCUGCACAUCAGCGAGAGAUGCGUUUUUCUUAUUGAUGAGGAAUGUUGUGCGAGUUGCUGUUCUGGAUAAAGUCACAGAUUUUUUGCUUUUCCUUGGCAAAGUUCUUGUUGCAGGGUCUGUCGGAGUCCUGGCUUUCUUCUUUUUCACAAGACGAAUACCUUACAUUUCUGAUGAAGCUCCUUCUUUGAAUUACUACUGGGUGCCACUCUUGACAGUGAUUAUUGGAUCUUACCUAAUCGCACAUGGAUUCUUCAGCGUCUAUGCCAUGUGUGUCGACACACUUUUCCUGUGUUUUUGCGAAGACCUGGAGAGGAAUAACGGAUCUGCAUCCAAACCGUACUACAUGUCACCAGAGCUGCAUAGGAUUCUGGGAAAAAAGGAACUUAGCUCAAAGAAGGCAAAGCGCUAA